UAGCAGGGUGCAGCACCCUAAUGAGAGUAUGGAGGAUUUUAUCCUGGCCUUGAAGCUUUUGGCACAGGAGUGCCGCUUCGGCGAUUUUAAGGAAUUGGCCAUUCGUGACCGAUACAUUAUGGGGGUUUACGAUAAAGAUUUGCAGAAGAAGUUGUUGACUGAGGAUAAUCUGACGAUGGCUUCAGCAGAAAAAAUUAUGUACACCUGGGAGAUGGCAGCAAAUAGAUCGAAGUUGUUAAAUGAGUCAGGCCAUUCUGGCCAGGUUGCUUCCAUUCGCGGUUCCGUUAAAACCAGAUUAGGUUCAAGACCAUCCGGGAGGGGUCAAUACGAGCAAAGGGGCUCUUAUAAUAACAGAGAUCGGAGUCGUAGUAGCAGUAGAAGCAGGAACCGCAGUGAUGGCAGGGUUUUCAGCUUUCGUCCUGGUGCUUGGAGGCGUAGGGAGCAGAACCAAAACACGGAUUUAGUUUGCGAUUAUUGUGGCAAACAUGGACAUGUGCGGAAGAGAUGCUUCAAAUUGAAAAAUUUGAAGAGGGACGCCGUCAACAUGGUGGAAGAGUCCAAGCCGGGUCCGAGCAGCGAUAAGAUGUUAUCGGAAUUAUUGAACAGGAUGAGAGCAAGACACGACGACAGCGACGAUUCCGACAGCGACUCAGAUCGCCCUUGGCGACAUAAAGGUGAUAGCACACCGAAGCCAGAUAAGGCCGGAUAAAUCGCUCAGGAGGAGCGGAGCCGUCAUAGUCCGACAACCCGAAAAAGUGUACGAACCGACUACAAGCCGAAAGCGAGCAUGGCCGGACAGUGACAGCGACGAUUAUGAUGGCGAGGAAGGUGAAGAGAAAAUUUUUCGAGGAUUUCCUGAAAAGAAACGAUGUAGAACACAAAGGUGUGGAGAGAUGGAGAGAUCGGCAGCAGUACAGGCCCCGGACACUGAUUCGUGGCAUUCGUCGUUCAUAUUGAACAGCUCAAAACAGGCUAUCAGGCGCUCAGAACGAAUAGCUAAUAAGUACAAGAAUAAGAAGAAUAAGCAUAAAAAGUGAAUUUCUUUCAAAAUUAGUUUACUAAGUUCAAUGAAUUGUUUAAGAUAUUUCGAAUUGUAUUUUCAAAUUUAAGGGGUGAGGACUGUUAUGACCCGUUAAUCGUCCGAACCCAUUCGAGAGAUAUAGAGUGAGAAUGAGAGAGAACCAAAUACUCUGAAAAGUCAGAGUUCGAAUAAAGCUGCUGGCAGUGUCAGUUCAAGUUUCGCGACUCUACAGAACAGUCCGUUAUUUAUUAUU